AUGUUAAGCAAUGGAAAUAUUUUAGUUACAGGUGGAUUGAAUAGUGUUGUUUUAAAUAAUGCUGAGUUGUAUAAUCCAUCAACAGGAAUGUGGACAAUCACUGGCAGUAUGAAUUAUAUUCGAUGUUAUCACGCAGCAUCCGUGUUAACAAAUGGAAAAGUGUUAGUUACAGGUGGAUCUAGUGGUAUUCCUUUAAAUAAUGCUGAGUUAUAUGACCCAUUAACAGGAGUGUGGACAACUACUGGCAGUAUGAAUUAUACUCGGUAUAGACAUACAGCAUCUAUGUUAAGCAAUGGAACUAUGUUAGUUACAGGUGGAUAUAAUGGUGUUGCCUUAAAUAGUGCUGAGUUGUAUAAUCCAUCAACAGGAAUGUGGACAAUUACUGGUAGUAUGCACUAUACUCGACAACAUCACACAGCAUCUGCGUUAACCAAUGGAAAAGUGUUAGUUACAGGUGGAUAUAAUGGUGUUGUUUUAAAUAGUGCUGAGUUAUACGACCCAUCAACAGGAGUGUGGGCAAUCACUGGCAGUAUGAAUUUUACUCGAUAUUUUCACACAGCAUCAGUGUUCACAAAUGGACAAGUGUUAGUUACUGGUGGCCUUGAGACUGUUUUUUUAGAUAGUGCCGAGUUGUAUGACCCAUCAACAGGAAUGUGGACAAUCAUUGCUAGUAUGAAUUCUACUAGAGCUUUCCACACAGCUUCCAUAUUAACAAAUGGACAAGUGUUAGUUACUCAUGGAUUAGAUAAUCUUGGUGUUUUAAAUAGUUCGGAGUUAUACCAACCAUAA